GCAGCUGCUAUGCGUUUGGCAUACCUUCCCUGCAGUAUUGCUCUAUUUAUUUACUGAUUAUAGUGAUGGAAACAAUAUAAAUAUAAGUGGAACCGUUUUCAUCAGAAUCUUGACCAUAUUCAACAUAUCUGCAAAAUGGAUAUAACAACCCUGUUCAAGGCAUGUGUCAAGACUGUUCGAACCACCAACAAAUCCCUAGGCGUAAAAGAUCAAAAAUCCACCAUUCUGAAGUCUCAAAAGGAUGGCAACCUCACCAAAGCUAGAGAAAUUGUCAAGCAAAUCAAGAGUCUUCAACAGAUCCUAAUGGAUAAUAAAGCAGCCUACCUCAACGUCUUGAACUAUCUAUCAACUAACCAAACUAUGACUGAAGUAGAUAGACAACAAAUUGACCAUAUGGCUGAAGAUAUUGUGAGUAAAUGUAAACACCUCAUAAGUGAGUUCAAACAAGAUGUAUCAUCUAUGACAAAGAGUGAACAGAAGGCAGAACAUUACAGAAACAUAAUAGAUACCUUAGAGGUCUACUUGAAGAGUGUGUCCAAAAUUUAUACAGAAGCUAAAGCUGUGAGGGUGAAGAGAGUUAUUGAAACUCAUAAGUUGUCAAAGCUUGAGACACCAUCUCCAAGACUGGAUGACAAAACAUCAGGAAAUAAAGUAAGCUUAGAAAAUACAGUCAAGUCUCCCUCAAAAGAAGAGCCUAGAAUACCUUCAAUGCCUGUCAACUAUGAUGAUGAACUCUCCACAGAAGACAUGCAGAUGUUUGAGGCAGAAAAUGAACAUUUGUACAAUGAAUUAAAUAGCAUUUCAGAUGAAGUGAAACAGAUGGAGAAUAAAGUAGUUCAUAUUGCAGAGUUGCAAGAACUGUUCACUGAAAAAGUAUUACAGCAAGACAAGGAUAUUGAAAGGAUAGCCUCCACUGUAGUGGGCUCAACAGAGAAUAUGAAAGAUGCCAAUGAGCAGAUCAGGCAGGCUAUACAGAGGAAUGCAGGGUUGAGGGUAUAUAUUUUAUUUUUUCUGCUAGUUAUGUCAUUUUCACUAUUAUUCUUAGAUUGGUAUAAUGAUUAGGGAAAAUAGUUUCUACAAAGUUUUUAUAUCCAUAAAGUUGUUAUGAAGGUGUAUGGUCAAAUUGCCAUUAGGUCAGUGUUAAAACUGCAGGACAGUAAUCAGUAAGUUAAUUUCAUUGUACCUUUUGUACAUACAUUUCAAUAAAUAUCCAUCCAAAUCAUGG